UUAAAACGAUGUUACACAUGAAAUUGCAAAUAAGACUGCGUAUUUGGACAGAACAUCGUAAGCAUUCUACAAAUCGGCAAACAAUGGACUUCCGGAGAUGCUCUUAAUCUGGUUUUUUUCGAUUUUCAAGAUAAAAAAGAUAUUCUUUUUUUAUACUGCAUAUACCCUUACAGAGAGAGCAAGGAACUCCGCAAGGAUGAGGAAAGAAUCCCACCAAGUGUACUUACCAUACCUGUCACGUAAAUCGUUUAAAUAAUAAACAUCAUCGACUAUUACUUUCCGAUUUAUUUUAAUUUUUGAUGCGAUUGCGUAUAACCCGUCUCUUUUGUAUUCAUUUAAAGUAUACUUCUCCCCUCUUCGCGUCCUUGGAAUGAGGCCCAUUAUUUCUACGUAACGAUCUAAAAGGAUUGACAAAUUUAUAUCAAUUUCGUAAAGAAAAAGUACACACUGUAAGGAUUUUUUAAUCGUAAUUAAAACAGUUUUUAACAGUUUAUUGUCUUUAUUGUGUCGAUCAAUUGUAAACGACGAUAAUAAUUUCCCACGUGUUUACUUAAUAUUCCGGAAACGCAUUAGAUCCGACCUCGACCAGUGGUUUGCCGUGAAAGUCGACAAACGAACGACCUUUUCCUUAUAAGAAAUCGAAUUUUAUAUUUGGAAAUGACGCAAUCGUCUUGUAGGGCGCCAUGUUCCGUUCGCCGAUCAUGUGAUUUUAAUUGAUGCGAUAAAAGUUGAAAAUGAACUCUUCGGUCGUUAAGUUAUGGCAGAAAGGCCAGCAAUAGAUCUGUGUCAUCACUUGAUAUUUAUCUCAUCUAUGAAUUGAUAAAUGCAGUAGCAUGUACAUUCAUCUGUCCAGUUAAUAUCAAUAUAUUGUAUUUGGAAUCAUAUAACAAUUAAUUCAGGAAUUAAAUUUAAUCAGAUGGCAACACAGACUCGAAGGGAACAUUUAUAUAAAAUUUUAGUAAUAGGAGAAUUGGGAACAGGUAAAACAAGUAUUAUUAAGCGAUAUGUUCAUCAGUUUUUCUCUCAUCACUACAGAGCAACAAUUGGAGUGGACUUUGCUUUAAAAGUCUUAAAUUGGGAUAGUAAUACUUUAAUCAGGUUACAGUUGUGGGACAUAGCAGGACAAGAAAGAUUUGGAAAUAUGACACGAGUAUAUUAUAAAGAAGCUGUAGGUGCAUUUAUAGUCUUUGAUGUGACAAGAGCAGCAACAUUUGAUGCAGUAUUAAAAUGGAAAACAGACUUAGAUAAUAAAGUUCAUCUUCAUGAUGGAUCUAACGUGCCUUGUGUACUUCUAGCUAACAAAUGUGAUGUGACUAAAGAAGAACAAGUUAGCAAUGCAAAUAAAAUGAAUUCAUUUUGUGAAGACCACGGUUUUGCCGGUUGGUUUCUGACGUCAGCAAAAGACAAUAUUAAUAUAGACGAAGCCACUAAAUUUCUUGUCACAAAGAUUCUCAAUAACCAGCAUGCAAUUGCUGAGGAAGUAACGAACGAUACUGUGCCGCUAGCCGAACCAAGCAACUUAAAUUCUCGAUCAAAAAAGUUCUGCUGCUAAAUGUUUGAUCACAAUAUAUUGUGUAUAUAGUACCAGAUAGAACUCUGAGAGAGUUUUAAAUGUGAAUUGUGUAUGCAUAAUCUAUUAUGCAACUGUUUAUUGAAAUUUUUUAUACAUUCAUCACUUUGAAAAUAGACGUUUAUAACUAA